AUGUCGGGUACUUCUGCUAGUAACUUUAAAAACGAUGAAUUAGCUCGUGUAUUUGUAACAAUAUUUGAUGCAAAGCAUUUACUUCAUCAAUUAUUAUUAAACAUAUUUGCAAAAGAAGUUGAAAUGGCUGAUUGUUAUCAAACAAUAUUACGUGGAAAUGGUUUACCAACAAAAAUUGUGUCAUUUUGUUUUAAACUUCAUGCUGAUUUAGGUUCAUAUGAAGUUGAUCCAUCACGUAUUGAACAACAUGAACAAAUAGAUGAAAAUCGAAAAAAUUUACGUUCAUUAACACAUGAUGUUUUUCAAGCUAUUAUUGAUUCAGCAUCACAAUUUCCAAUUCAAUUAAGAAUUUUAUUUUCAUGUUUAUAUCAAGUUGUUCAACAACGUUUUCCGCAACAUCCUUUACAAAUCACAAAAAUGCACACAGCUGCUACUCGCUUUGCUUAUAGUUAA